AUGGAAGCUUUAAGCUCUGCUCUUCCUAAUGGAUUCUCAAAUUUCUCGUCUUUGUCGUCGAAAUCGAGCAGGAAAGUCACUCACAAGAGAAACCGACAUGGAAUUAGCUUGCCCAUCUCCAAAUUCCCGUUUUAUCGCGCUUCGAUUCUCAGAGUCUCGGCUCGGUUUGGAGAGACCUCGAGGCGACGGAAUUCGCUGAGGAAGAAGAUUAUAGGUGAUGAGAAUUGGCGUUCGAAUCCGAAUUCAACUGAAACAGGUACGAAAUCUCGAAACGAAAACCAUAAUUUCGAUCGUAGUGAUGGUUUAGUGGAGUUAAGUAGCACCGAGGGAUUGAAGGAUAAGGUUUCACAAGAUUCGAAUUUGUUGAAUGAGCUUGAAGACUGGGUUUCUCGGUAUAAGAAGGAAACAGAGUAUUGGGGGAUUGGUUCGAAUCCCAUUUUCACUGUGUUUCAGGAUUCGGCUGGAAAGGUGGAGAAAGUAGAGGUUGAUGAAGACGAAGUUUCGAGUAGAAGAUCGGGUCUCGAGGAUUUGGAAUCAGUGAGCUCUAAGGUUCUAUACGCGAAGAAACUAGCUGAGCAAAUGGAGAAUGGUGAAAAUGUGAUCCAUAAGGAUAGUUCUCUGGUCAAGUUUGUUUCUUCUUCAUCAAAGGAAGAGCUUCAAUUCGUUAGCUCAAUCCAAAACGCUAUUCUUCGUCUUGACAUAAUUCCUAAGUUGCCGGCGAUUGGAAGAGCUGUUCUGUGUGGUUACAUAGGACUCUGGUUGCUGAAGACAGUGCUUGUGUAUAGGAAGAGUAAUGAUGAGGUUGAGUGCACGGAGUUGGAGAAGGAGAUGAUGAGGAGAAAGAUGAAAGCUCGGAAGGAGAAGGAAAUGAUGGAGAAAGGUACCGUGGAAGUUUUGAAAAAGCCAUUGGUGUCUUUUGAGAAGCCUAAGUUUGAUCGUGGAGAGCUUAUGAGUAGUAUAUCUAAAGUAAAGGGUUCAGAGAAGAAAGUGGAGCUCUUGAAUUCUUCUAAGGUUGAGAGUGGUGAGUCCAUGGACUUUGAUGAUAAGAUCCAUGAAAUCAAAGCUAUGGCUAGACGAGCCCGGGAGAUAGAAGCUGGCAUAGAAGUUAAUCAAAAGGAGAAGGGAAAUGAUGAAGAUAUAAGCAUGCGGUCACAGAACAGUCUUCCACAUGAGGGUUUGACACACAGUGAAGGUUAUGAUGAUGAUGAUAAAGUUGAAAGCUUGGGAACUUCGACUGAAAGUGAUCAAGAAAGCACUGAACUUUCUAGUUUGGCUAUUCCAACGGUGAAUGGGGCUAUGGUAGAUUCUGGUUUUCCGAAUCAUGAAAUGGCAGCAGAAAAGGUGAGUAAUGUGGUACCAUUAGUUCCUACAGACGGAAUCAUUCAAUCUUCUGAUGUUUCUAAGGAUGAGUUGAGUACGAUGAAGAAUAGCAGUGGUCGUAAGUCACGGGUCAUACGGUCUGUAAAAGAGGCUAAAGAGUUCCUUUCAAGAAGAAGUGGUGAGAAAGAGCUUACUCUGGACAGUGAUGAAAUCUUCCGAAAGCAGAGCGAUGAAGAGCGUGGUGUAGCUAAAUUAAGCGAAUUGGUUGACACAAACAAAAUCCUUGGUGCAGCUUCCAAUGGAACCUUGAAAUCAGCACCUGAGUCUACUUCUUCUGAGCCUUUAGGUAAGGAUGAUUACAAGAAAUUUUCAGAACCUGGGAAUGCAGUUAAUGUAAGUUCUGUAAACAGAAAUGAAGAGAGCGAAACAAGUCUUUUCGAAUCAGCCGAAAGUUCUUCUGAUGGCACUGAAGAUAUAGUUAAGGAACAACCAUCAGGGAAGGAGAGCUGGAUUGAGAAACACUCCCAUGAGUUUGAACCUAUCGCUGAGAAAAUGAGAGCUGGAUUCAGAGAUAAUUAUAUGGCUGCAAGAGAGAAAGAUACUCAGGAACCGAGGUCUAUUACUGAAAUUGCAGAACUUUACCGCAAUGAAGAGAAUGAUGAGCUUGAGUGGAUGAAGGACGAAAAGCUAAGAGACAUUGUCUUCCAUGUUCGAGAUAACGAGCUGGCUGGUAGGGAUCCGUUUCACCUGAUUAACGUCGAAGACAAAGCUAUGUUUCUGCAAGGCUUGGAGAAGAAAGUUGAGAGAGAAAAUGAGAAAUUGUCUCAUCUGCAUCAAUAUAUUCAUUCAAACAUUGAAAACCUCGACUACGGAGUAGAUGGCAUCAGUGUGUAUGAUCCACCAGAAAAAGUCAUACCGAAAUGGAAAGGGCCUUCGCUUGAGAAGAACCCCGAGUUUCUCGAUAACUAUCAAGAACAGCGUGAAGCAUUGUUUUCUGGAAAAACUGCGUCUGUGAAAAAGGAAGAACCGAGCUCUCUUCAGGAAACAUCACAGUCUGAUUCCUCUGAGAACACUCUCACUUCUUCAUCUGAAACGACCUCAAGCCAGCCAAAGAUUGUUGUAGAAGGAAGUGAUGGAUCUGUUAGACCCGGGAAAAAGUCGGGAAAGGAGUAUUGGCAGCACACGAAGAAAUGGUCACGCGGGUUCUUGGAGUUGUACAACGCAGAGACUGAUCCAGAAGUGAAAGCUGCGAUGAGAGACAUGGGGAAAGACUUGGACCGAUGGAUUACAGAAGACGAAAUCAAAGACGCAGCUGAUAUAAUGGAGAAGCUGCCAGAGAAGAACAAGAAGUUCAUGGAAAAGAAACUCAACAAACUCAAGAGAGAGAUGGAGUUGUUUGGUCCUCAAGCUGUUUUGAGCAAAUACCGCGAGUAUGGAGAAAGUAAGGAAGAAGAUUAUCUAUGGUGGUUGGAUCUUCCGCAUGUACUGUGCCUUGAGAUGUACACAGUUGAUGACAAAGGAGAGCAACAAGUAGGAUUCUACACAUUGGAAAUGGCAACGGAUCUCGAGUUAGAACCAAAACCACAUCAUGUGAUUGCUUUCGAGGACGCUGCAGACUGUAAAAACCUCUUUUACAUCAUUCAAGCUCAUUUGGAUAUGCUUAGAACUGGAAAUGUUUUCAUUGUACCGCGCCCACCAAAGGAUACAUUUCGAGAAGCCAAGGCGAAUGGGUUUGGAGUAACGGUUAUUAGGAAAGGAGAACUGAAGUUGAAUAUAGACUACCCUUUAGAAGAAGUAGAGGAACAGAUAUGUGAGAUAGGAAGCAAGAUGUAUCAUGAUAAGAUCAUGGGAGAUCGAUCUGUGGAUAUAAGCUCUUUGAUGAAAGGUGUCUUUAACCUCAAGACCAAACCCACCGGCCGGAGAAGAAGACAACGAUCGAAAGGGGCUCUGAAAGAUUCUAACAAGAAGAGUAGCUGA